AAGAAAAAAAAGAGGAAAAAAAGCGAAGAGUAAAACAAAAAAGAGGGGACGGAGAGGGAGAAAAAAAGAAAAACGAAAAGAAAACUCGCAAGCUCUUUUAAAAGAGUAUCUCGUAAAUACAGUACAGUUUUCUCGACGCGCAACAGGGAAAUCAAGGAUGUGUGAGUGUUCGUCUGACAGGCAACGUCGAUAUUGGAAGGGGUGAGUUUUUAGUUAUCGCGGCCUCCGCUAGUCAGCGCUCACUCUCGAGGGUUGCAUAGCCAUGGGCAAAGAGAGAAGGAAGGAAGGUAGAUAGGUAGAUAGGUAGGUAGAUAGAGAUAGAAAGCCAUAGAGCUGUAGAGGGUAGUAGUAGAGGAUCCGAUCUGGUAGGCAAGGGUCGACGUCUGCGCGUGCGUGCUAAGUGCGCGCGCGCGCUUCUACAGAGGACGGUGGUGGGGACGCUCAGUGUCAGUUCGUGCCGGGCGUUGCGGCGCAGUCAGUGGCCUUUUCAGUCUUUGAUCCGCAACUGUCGCGGGUGUGCGCGCGACGUUACUCGAAAGGCCGACGUUAUCUCUGAACGAUAGAAAAGUGUUAGAGUGAAAGAAAAAAAGAGAUAAAAAGAAAGAUAGAUAGAACGAAAUAGAGAAAUUCUGCAACUUCCAAAGAGAAUUUCUAUUAUUUAUUAUCAUCAUUUUAUGGUGCGAAGUCCUAUUUUUUUUCACUUUAUCCUUUCUAAAGGGUUGAAAUAUAUAACUGAAGGUAGAGAAAGAGAAGGAGAGAGAGAGAGAGAGGGGGAGAGAGAGAGAGAAAGAGGAAUGUAAAGAUUCGUGCUUUGAGUGACUUGGAAUGGUCUCUCCUUGUUUUUAAAUUCUUCGUGAUAAGGAAGAUAAGAUCGACGUGGUUUCGUCAAUUUUAAUCGUCGAUUUUUCUUUCUUCGAUUUUAAGGAAAAAGAGAUAAUUGAUUGUCCCUAUUAAUUAAAAGUUAUAUUUCGAUUAAUACGUGAAAUUGUUCUUAGGAUUUAUCUAAGUUCCGUCGAGUGAUUGAUAGCAGUCUCUGUGAGAGUGAAUCGGAAUCAAGUGUGUCAAAGUAUUUUCUAUCGUCGACGUUCGUGUUAUUGCGGAAAGUUGGAUGAUUCGAAAUAAAGGAUAUUAUCGCGCUAGUAAAAUUGUUAAUAAUAUUAAUAAUAAUAAUAAUAAUAAAAAUAAUAAUACGAAGAGAGUAGAGAGAAAAGAAAUAACGAAGAAUCAAGAUUCUCCGGUUUAAACUUGCAAAGGAAUUCCGAGGAAAUAAAGGCGUCCCUACGAAAGAAGGGACAGUGCUCGCGGCGGGGAGUUGAACUUUCUCGCUCCGUGUUGACAGAUCGAUAGGAAAGUUUGCUUACGCGAAUUUCCGCGUCGUGUCCAGAGUGUAUCUCGGUCUCACUUCUGUGUACGCGUUUUACUAUCUUGUUUUCCUCGUUUACAACAACGUCGUGUUUAAGAGCGAAUACACGAGUAUAUUUAAAAAGAGAAUCUUGAAAGUAUCUGAGGGACGAUUGAAAGAUUAUCGUAAAAAAAAGAAGACUAAGAAGAAGAAAAAAAAAAGGAGGAGAAGGAGGAGGAAAGCAGGAGCAAUAGAAAAAAAUCAAAAAGAUAACGAAAGCAGCAACGACGGUGAUAGAUGCUAAUCGUUGCAGCCAAUCGGAAAAUCUGACGGCUCGUCGUCGGGCCGGUCAUAAUCGAGGCAGUCUGUCGUUCUCCUUGCCAUCGCGCGAAUAUCUAGUAGAAUAUAGAAAUCGAAAGGAGGAUAAGAAACAUAAAGAUCAGGAGAAAUAUUAUCAACAACAUCAGCAACGUAAUCAAGGACUCAGCGAAGAUCAUCGGGGCUCUUCUUGCCCCAGACUCUUGGAGGAGAGUCGAGGAAAGUGUGCAACGGUGAAGGGUAACGGUGGAUUUGGUGAUUACUCCGCAGCCGGAGAGUUUGAAGUCUGGGGUGAAGAACGCGUUGCGUCGGAUGGUGGUAGUGUUGUUGUAGGGGGAGGGGGUGGUGGAGGGGUGUCGUCGACGACGACGACGGCGAAACCGCCUUCGCGGCAGCAACGAUGCGAAGGCGGUUCUGCCCUGAGACCGUUGCUCCACGUCGCUCAUUGUGAACUUCAUUCGCCACGCGAGGCCGAGCUCCUCAGGUUAGAUCACCUCGAGGCGCUCGAUCACAAGUCCUCGCUCGAACACGACGCCUACUCGAUGAUGGAUAAUUUUCACAGCCCGGUACCACCGCCGUUACCACGACGUCACGUCCGACUUCCACCACCGCAACAACAGGUGACCGUAGGUUCCUUAGGAGGUGGCCUCGGAAGUGGAGCCGGUAAUGGCGGUACCGGGACCGUUGCAGCUCAAAAUCAGGCGAUGGUGAUGCCAGGCUUUCCGCUUCGAGCCGCGGCAGUACCGCAUUACUCUCCUUAUUCGCCGUCGCGUUUUCACAUCGACAAACGCUGUCAACACAGAUGCUCUUGGAAAUGUUUCUCUAUCGCUUUGAUAUUACUUGCCGUUGCUCUCACCGCCAUGCUCGCGUAUUUUGCUGCAGUGAGUUCCAUGCGGCCGAUAGACAAUAACAACUGCGUAGUGGUUCAAGAUAUCAAGGCUGUCACUCAUGAAAACGCUCACGUUCACGACCCUAUAUCAACUCAGAUACCAACGGAAGAAUCACUGCCGACCAGUACUGCCGAACACUCUAGUGCUGCAGAUAGUGUUGGGGACCAGCAAAGCGAUCCGCAAAUUCAACAAUCGGCCCAACAAUGGCCAGCUGUGCUCGAGCUUCAAGCUUACAACGUAGCGCACUCAGCCUUUAUACUAUCGUACCACUUUUGGAAUACCGAGUUCCGCAACAAGCAACCGGCUUUCAUCAGGUUAAACCUAACGUUGCCUUGGGGUGCGAACUUUGCCGUUUACGGAAGACGAAACGUAGCACCAAGCGUCACGCAAUACGACUUCGUUGAGUUUGUAAAAGGUGGCCGUGUGGAUCACAGACUUAAAAGGGAUGCAUCGUCCGAAGCUGUGAGCUUUAUGAAACAAGCAACCCAAGAUUUUGGCAUUGAACCUAAUCGAUCUUCGCGAGAUACUGGAACUAAAUCUAUCAAGUCUUAUCAACAUAUUAUCAUAAAAAGAACGAUCGUAGAGCCAAUGAUGGUCAACGUUAGUCUUCUUCAAUACUUGGACACUGGCCGUUGGUUUUUGUCAGUUUAUAAUGAUGAACUUCAACCUUAUAAGGUUACGCUGGUCGUCACCGAAGCUGAAGGAGUCUCCACAACUUGUCCUAAUGAUUGCUCUGGUAGAGGAUCAUGUUAUCUUGGGAAAUGUGAUUGUAUCGAUGGUUAUCAGGGUGCCGACUGUAGUAAGAGCGUGUGUCCUGUUUUGUGUUCAUCUCACGGCCAGUACGGUGGUGGUAUGUGUCACUGUGAGGAUGGCUGGAAAGGUGCCGAAUGCGACAUACCGUUAGGAGAUUGCCAAGUUCCUGAUUGCAAUCAGCAUGGGCAGUGCGUUAGAGGAUCGUGCGUUUGUAAUCCUGGCUGGAAGGGUGCCUUCUGUAAUGAACCCGAUUGUCCGGAUCCAAACUGCAGCGGUCAUGGCGCCUGCGUGUCCGGCAAGUGUUACUGCAAGGCAGGCUGGCAGGGUGAACGAUGCAAUCAGGUCGAUCAGCAGGUGUAUCAGUGUCUACCAGGUUGUUCGGACCAUGGCACGUACGACCUCGAAUCUGCCGCGUGCAUCUGCGAAGAACAUUGGACUGGGGUCGAUUGUUCACAACCCAGUUGUGGCCUGGACUGUGGUCCUCAUGGAUCGUGCGAACAGGGUCGUUGCAAAUGCCAUGAUGAUUGGACUGGAACGAAAUGCGAUCAGAAACCAUGUGAUCCACGUUGUGCUGAACAUGGCCAAUGUAAGAACGGAACUUGCGUAUGUAGUCAAGGAUGGAACGGAAGACAUUGUACUUUGCCCGGAUGCGAGAAUGGUUGCACUAGACACGGACUGUGCACGUUGCAGGACGGCGAGUACAGUUGCGAAUGCUCAAUCGGUUGGGCUGGCAGAGACUGUAGCAUAAGACUCGAGAUGGAAUGUAAUGAUUUUGUCGACAACGAUCAGGAUGGCAUGGUGGACUGUUCCGAUAGUGAAUGUUGCUCGCACGCUACUUGUGCCGAGCACAUUAUGUGUCUGGCCAGUAAAAAUCCGGUCGAUGUCCUUCUUAGGAAACAACCGCCUAGUGUCACUGCAUCGUUUUAUCAACGAGUCAAAUUCCUCGUCGAGGAAAAUAGCGUACAGAGCUACGCUCAUAUGGACGAGUACACGGAAAGUACGUUCUGGAGUUCCUUUACACCGCGUCGUGUUGCGGUGAUGAGAGGCCAAGUUGUAACCGAGCAAGGACUUGGAAUAGUAGGCAUCAGAGUCUCCGUUGACAGAGACUCACGAUUUGGAUUCACCUUGACCAGAGCUGAUGGAUGGUUCGACGUUUUGGUUAAUGGUGGAGGAGCCGUGACAUUGCAAUUUCAACGUAGCCCAUUCAAACCUCUUACGAGGACUGUGUUCGUGCCCUGGAAUCAGAUCGUUGUUUUACCACCCGUCGUGAUGACUCUUAGCAAGGAAGGAGAGCCAUACAAAUCUAAUCAACCACCUAGUCCAGCAGUCGGCUUCCCAGGGAUUUCCAUGGGGCUCUUUAGCGAGCACGGACCAUGUUUGGAACACGAUCAUGAGACUCUACGUCCAAUCAUCGUUAGCACAUGGAUGCCAGAAAAAGUGGGUGGUUUGCCAGGGAAAAGUCUGGUAUUCGCUGAGAGUCAAAUCGUACAAGAAAGUAUUGCCAUACCUGGAUCUAAUCUUCAUUUGAUGUAUCAAAGUAGUCAAGCUGCUGGGUACCUUUCUACUGUUAGAAUGCAAUUAACUGGACCAUUUAUUCCAAAAUCUUUAACGCACGUACACGUGCACGUUGAAAUCGAGGGUUCACUUCAUACAAAAACCUAUGAAGCUGACCCCAAUUUGACACACACUUUCGCAUGGAACAAGAGAAAUGUCUACAAGCAAAAAGUAUACGGAGUUGCACAAGCAAGAAUUUCAAUCGGUUAUCAACAUUCAACUUGCCCUUCCGUCAUAUGGGAAACGCAAACUGCGAUUUUGCAAGGAUUUGACGUAGACAUUUCCGAUAUCGGUGGUUGGGGACUUGACAUUCAUCAUCAUUACAACUUUCACGAAGGAAUCCUUCAAAAAGGAGAUGGAUCUACGUUACACUUCAAACAGUAUCCACGUACCGUAAAAGUAGUAAUGGGUACCGGUCUUCAAAGAAGCUUGGUCUGCCAAAAUUGUGAUGGUUUGGCCAAAGAUGCUAGACUUUUGACACCAGUAGCUCUUACCAGUGGUCCAGACGGUAGCAUCUACGUAGGAGACUUUAAUCUCGUGCGUAGAAUUACACCCGAAGGAAACGUUUAUACUGUUUUAAUUUUAAGUGCAACUCAAGUAGCCUAUCAAUACUAUCUAUGUGUCUCCCCUGCUGAUGGGCAUUUAUACAUCAGUGAUCCUGAAAAACAUCAGAUAUUAAAAGCACUUUCAUUAGAACAAGUUCAGGAUCCUAGUAUCAACAUAGAACCGGUUGUCGGUAGCGGUGAAAGAUGUAUUCCAGGUGACGAGGGUCAUUGUGGAGACGAGGGUUCAGCGAUACGAGCAAAAUUGGCUCACCCAAAAGGUAUCGCUAUUGCUGCCGAUAAAACUAUGUAUAUAGCCGAUGGUACAAACAUACGUGCUGUCGAUCCACAUGGUAUUAUACACACAUUGGUUGGACAUCAUGGUCACCACAACCAUUGGUCACCGGCACCAUGCAUUGGUGCUAUACCUGCACAUCAAGCUCAACUGCAAUGGCCAACAGGAUUGACUCUAAGUCCUCUCGAUGGAUCUCUACAUUUUAUCGACGAUAGGCUUGUGCUGAAAUUAACCAGUGAUUUAAAAGUACGCGUAGUAGCUGGUACACCUCUUCACUGUACUAGUAAUGCAAACAACAACGGCAAUGCUAACACCAGCGAACUCACCAAAUUGAAUUCGACUAUACCAACGAAUCUAAAGAAAUCCGAUGACGUUCUUGGUUCGGUUUUAGCUGUUGGUUUUAGUCCAACCGGUGAACUUUACAUAGCCGACAGUGAUUCUCAUCGGGUUAAUUCUAUUAGAAUAGUCGAUUCUUCUGGAAAAAUGUCUCACUUUGCUGGACAACAACAGGAACGAUUACGUGGUCAAUGCGAAUGUAAUAAUACGACUCCUAGUACAAAAGAUUUAGAUGCAUGUACUUGUACAGAUGAUACCAGUAGUACGGAAACACUUUUGUCAUCGAAUGCCAAAUUCACUGCCAUAUCAGCCUUAGCAGUAUCUCCUGAUGGCGUUGUUCAUGUCGCGGAUCAAGGAAGUUUACAUAUUUUGGCUUUGCAACCAUAUCUUCCAAAUCACGAUGAAAGUGGCGAAUUCCUCAUUCCCUUUCCUCCAUCUAACGAAGUUUACGUGUUUAAUCGUUAUGGUCAACACAUAUCUACAAAGGACCUAACAUCUGGAAAAACUCGGUAUUCGUUCCUAUACAGUAAAAAUACUAGUUUUGGCAAACUCUCCACUGUAACUGAUAGUGCAGGAAACAAAAUACAAUUUUUACGAGAUUACAGUAGCGUGGUUAGUACAAUUGAAAAUACUCAAGAUCAUAAAUCCGAAUUGAAAAUUUCUGCCGUUGGUUUUCUUGAGAAAUUAUCUGAAAGAGGUAGAGCGGAGAUUGCUCUUGGAUAUGAUGGUUCCACUGGUCUACUGACAAGUCGUUCAGGGGGAGAUGAAACCUAUAUUUACAAUUAUGACAGUUUGGGAAGAGUCACUGAUGUAAUUUUACCGACAGGAGAAAAAUUAAAAUUAUUUUCGGAUCUUUCUAACGACGAAGGUCUUUCCGUGCAAGUAUCUGCUCCUCUUCAAGCAUUGUCAAAAGGAGAUAAACAAAGAUUUGUAGAAUUUGAAAUGAAAAAUGAGAGAUCUAAAAUGCUUACUAUAACCGAUGGUACGAAAAUUAUGAAAGCAACUGCAUUCACGAACAGCAGUUUGGCAGUUUGUCUUCCUAGUGGUGGAAGAAUAUUAAGUGCAGCGACAACUAAACAUCCUCUACUUGAAGCCGCUUUACCGGUGGAAGCAGAAAUGUUACCAAUGUGGAGCUAUCAAGUGAUGUCUCUCGGUGAAUUAACAAAUACAAUGACCACCACUUAUAAUCUUGUCGGGGACGUAAGCCACUUUCAACAGACACUUAACAGAGAGAUCUGGGUAAACGAUACAAGAGUAAUUGCUGUCGAAUUCGAACAAGCAUUCAGACGAGAAACUUUCUACGACAAAACGAGAACACCUCUAUUGACUGUGACCUUCGAUCCUGCUGGAUUGCCAUUACUUUGGCAACCUCAUGAACAAGGACAUAACCUUAGCAUCACUUACGAUAGAUUUAAUCGUAUAGAAAGUUGGAAGUGGGGUGCAUCGGACGAAUCUUAUGGUUACGAUCGACAUGGCCAAUUGGCAGAUGUCACCAAUAGUCAAGAUGGCACAAAACGAUAUACCUAUAACGACUUCAACAUGCUUUCCAAGAUAACUCUCCCUAGCGACAGGCAUUUCUCUUUGGAAUACGACGAUGACGGUGGCCUACGACAUAUUAUUCUUCCAUCAGGAACGAAACAUUCCUUCUCUUGCCAAGCCUCUCUCGGUUUUCUUCGAGUAACAUAUACACCACCAGGAAGUACUAGAGCUUAUCUUCAACACUAUAGUCAUGAUGGUAAUCUUUUACAAACUGUAUUUCCUGGCGAUGGUGCACGUAUCGUCUAUAGAUAUCAUACAUCUGGACAAUUGGCUGAAGUCGUUCAUGGUGAUGGAAAAAGUGAAAUAAGGUACACCGAAAGUGGUUUACCUUCUGAAGUCAUACAUUCUGAAAGAGACGUGGAAUAUAGAUGGGAUUAUCAAUAUAGCGCUGGUCUUCUUGUCGAAGAACGUAUAGAUUUCGGAGCCAAAACCGGUCUCAGCAAUGCCAAAUUUACUUUCGAUUAUGAUUCAAACUUUAGAUUGAUCGCUGUGCAGGGUAGAAUAGGCGGUCAAACUUUGCCACCUCAUACCAUGGCUUAUAAUCCAAGAACUGGCUUAUUGGAACAGAUAGGACAAUUUAAAAUAACGAAACCACAAAUAAACGAGACUACAGUUUUCGAUGGCACUGCACUUUUUUCACGGAUUACUGACGACAGAUUCCAUGAAACUCAAGUGACAGUAACUAUCCACAGUUUGGAAGUGUUCAGAAUGGAAUUCACGCAUGAUUCUCGUGGACGUAUAAAUCAAACCAGGACGUAUACUCGUAAUGUUGCUGUUAAUACGUACACCAAUGUGAAAAAUUACACAUGGGAUUGCGAUGGACAAUUAACGGGUGUCGAAGCACAAGAACCAUGGGGUUUCAAAUAUGAUGGAAAUGGUAAUAUGUUAUCACUUAGAUAUCGUGGAAACACUAUACCCAUGGAAUACAACACCAUGGAUAGAAUCAUUAAAUUCGGCGAAGGUCUUUACAAAUACGACAAUAGAGGUCUUGUUGUUCAAAAUGCUAGAGAAGAGAGAUUUAAUUACAACGCUAAAGGUCUAUUGGUACGUGCCACUAAACGUGGUCGAUUCGAUGUCCGUUAUUAUUACGAUCAUCUCGAUCGUUUAGCAACGAGAAAGGAUAAUUAUGGAAAUGUGACUCAAUUCUUUUAUAAUAAUCAAAAACGUCCUCACGAAGUCAGUCAAAUAUACAGUCCACGUGAUGGAAAGCUGAUGUCUUUGGUUUAUGAUGAUAGAGGCCAUCUUAUUUAUGCACAAGUUUAUCGACAUAAAUAUUAUAUCGCCACUGAUCAGUGUGGCACGCCUAUAAUGAUCUUCAAUCAAUAUGGCGAAGGUAUAAGAGAAAUCAUGAGAUCCCCAUAUGGACACAUUGUGUAUGAUUCCAAUCCCUAUUUGUACUUACCUGUUGAUUUUUGUGGCGGAUUGUUGGAUCAGGUAACGUCAUUGGUUCACAUGCCAAAUGGAAAGGUUUAUGAUCCUCUUAUAGGCCAAUGGAUGUCUUCUCUUUGGGAAAAUGUCUUAGAUAGGAUAGAUAUACCAACCCAUCUACAUCUUUAUAGAUUUAACGGGAACGAUCCAAUCGAUAUCAGACAUACAGAUAGAUCAAAUCAACCCACAGAUCACAUAUCAUGGUUCACACAUCUGGGAUACGAUCUAAAAAGUUUAGCACCUCAAUUAUUCCCUGACGAGCUUCCCGAUAGUUUGGUACCACCGGCUCUCGGUCCAGGUACUUCCAUAUUUGGCAAGAAGAAAAGAACGAGAAAUCUUGGUGUUCAAUCAGGCUUUUUAGCCCACAUUGCUCAAAGACAUUCUGGUGAUGCGAUGAGCCUUUCAGCACCACCACGAUCAGCUCUUAAAAAAGACACUAGUGAACUAAUCCCAAAUCGUUUAGGUGCUGCUUCAGAUCCACCAUUCGGUAAAGGAAUCCUUGUUUCGAGAACAGCCGAUGGACAGGCCGUAGUGUCGAGUGUGCCAACGGCGAACGCUAUUUAUGGAGACGUCUUCACCUCGGUGUUCAAUCGUUCGUAUUUCUUACCGUUCACGUUCGUCGUUCAUAGUGCUCAACAAGAUGCUUUUUACUUCGUCAAGGAAGAAACUUGGAGAGCCAGCGAGGAUCGUGGUCAAUUGAAACGUCUCGGUGGACAAGUAAAUACUAGUUUCCACGAGAAUGAAAAUGGCAGUGGAAGUAACUCGCUGAUCGACGUGAAGAUACACGGUACCAGCUACGUCGUCAAUUUACGAUAUGGCACGACAGCCGAGAAAGAAAAGCAACGACUCCUUCAUCAUGCAAAAGCAACUGCCAUACGUAAGGCUUGGCACAGAGAACGAGAAGCACUUAAAGCUAAUACUCCAACAACGAAUGAAUGGAUGGUAGCCGAACAGGACGAGAUAUUGAAGGUUGGUGUAGCCUCAAAUUACGAAGGUGAAUAUAUACAUGAUGCUCAAAUCUAUCCAGAGCUAGCGGAGGAUCCUUACAACAUAAGAUUCGUCAAAAAAGCUGUCGAUACUUCAAGUAAGAAACGACGCAGAAGGAGAGGAGCACCAUCUUGCAAGCUUUGGUGGUUGGAUAAAUUUUGCUAGAUCGUCUGGGUCGAUGAAAACAAUAUAUGGCUCUCCUUCCACUGCCCUUCUUUUUAAUGGGUUAAUCACUGUCCAAAAAAUUGAUUGCUAUGGUCUCUCUCUUUUGAUAGGCGUUACGCAAACGAAUAAAAAGAAAGGCAAAAUGAGAAAAGAAAAAGAGAGAGAAAGACGGAGAGAUAAAGAAUGAAGAAAGAAAUUAUAAAGAGAGUUACUAGAAAGAUGAGAAUUACUGUGACAUAUUAUUCACAGUAUUCUUUGAUACACACACGUAUAAAGAAAGAAAGAAAAAGAGAGAGAGAGAGAGAGAGA